AUGAGCAUCUGCGUCAUUGUCUCCCUGCUGCUUGUCGUUUCCCCUGUCUGUGGAAAGCAGUCUGGCUUCACACUUUUUAACCUCAAACACUAUGCAAAAGAAAAUAUGACCUGGAAAGAAGCACAGAAAUUCUGCAGGGACAAACACAUUGAUCUGGCCACAGUCACAAGUGACAAAGUCUUCCUUGGUUUGUCGGGCUGGAUCGGAUUAUAUAAAGAAAAUGAGAAUGGUACCUGGAAAUGGUCAGAAGGAAACAAAAUAUCAAACUACACCAACUGGUCAGCUACUGAACCAAAUUUCCUUGACAAAGAAGACUGUGUUUACAUGGAUAAAGAAUCAAGAAUGUUUAAUGAUCCCUGCUCGAAGAGACAUGAGCUAAUUUGUUCUGAUGAGAAACUGGAUCUGGUGAAGGAGAACAAGACAUGGGAAGAAGCCUUAGAACACUGCAGGUCUCUGAAAGAAAGGGACCAAGAGAACUCAACCUCUCCGUUUAGGAAAAACAUCUACGACCUGGCCACCCUGAUCACUGCUGAUGACCAUGACUACGCACGAGAGAAAGCACAACAGGCUACCACUGAUGAGAUGUGGACAGGCCUGCGUUUCCUGGGUGAUGAGUGGUUCUGGGUGGGUGGAGAACAGUUGCAGUACCAGAACAUUCCAAGCUGUCCCACUUUUAGGUGUGGCGUCCUGGAGAAGAACAGCAACAAAUCCUUUGGGAUCAAAGACUGCAGUGAGAGAAAGAACUUUUUCUGUUACAAAAGACCUGAGAGCAGAGAUGGGGUGUAG